AUGGCUGCACCCCAAAACCCAACAGGUUAUGGGCCCAGGAGAAGACUUGUCUUCAACGGAGAUGAAAGCAAGUAUGAACUCUGGGAGGUAAAGUUUCUCGCAUUCAUAAGGAUUCAGAAACUUUACGACGUGUUUGUUCCUAGCGCAGACGAACGGGAGCUAGAUGAGGCAAGGAAUGAAACUGCCUUCGCCGAAUUGGUCUAA